UCCUCAGCUUUGUCCACCUCUCCCUCCCGGUCUCACUCCUCUCCCACUCUGCUCUCCGAUCUGGGGUGGAUGCUGCUCUGAGCUCAGCUGCUGAACACACCGGCUCCUAUAGGUCGGACCUUUAUAGAAGAGCUCCUGUCCGGAUCCGUUCAUGGCACACCGGGUGAGCCGCGUAGAGGAACGCACAGCAGUCACCAGGCUGGACUGAGAGAAGCUGCAGGAGGAGCCAAAAAAAAAAAAAAAGUGAUUUGGGCAAAGUAAAGUUGAAGGCUGAGAGGAGCAGGUGGAGCGCCGGCAUCAGCAGCUUCAGCAAGUCAUCGUUUUUUUUCCUUCUAACAGGUGACUGCCCCAGACGUUCGGAUGCAUUUAUCCCUGGAUACCAUGAGCAUGGUGGACGACAGCUGCCUCUCGCCCAGCAACUACCACGAGAUGGGGAAAGGCGGAGGCGGCGCGGUCGGGGGCCGCGUCCACAGCAUCGAUGUCAUCCUGGGCUUCAAUAAAGACCAGGGCCCCUUGCUAAGUCCCGCGGGGCCCACGGGUCCCCAGAAGAUGGGCUUAGACGGGCUGGGAGAACACGUGAAGCAGCAGGAGAUCUUGUCUCACCCGUCCUACAGCGGACACCUCUCCUCUGUGAGAAACGGCAGCACACAGCAGCAGCAGCAGCAGUACCAGGAUGCCGUCUUGUACGCGAACAAGAGCGACGAAGAGCUGGGAGAGCUCAGUAAGAACGCGGAGAGCGACGAAGGCAAGUCUCCGGAGCCGUGCAAGGACGACCAACCCAAGAAGAAGCACAGACGCAACCGCACCACCUUCACCACCUACCAGCUGCACGAGCUGGAGCGUGCCUUCGAGAAGUCCCACUACCCAGACGUCUACAGCCGGGAGGAGCUGGCCAUGAAGGUGAACCUCCCGGAAGUCCGCGUCCAGGUCUGGUUUCAGAACCGCAGAGCUAAAUGGCGUCGGCAGGAAAAAAUGGACGCCAGUACGAUGAAGCUUCACGACUCGCCCAUGCUCUCCUUCAAUCGUCCGGCUCCGGUUCACACCGGCAUGGGUCAGAUCACCAACUCCCUCCCGUUGGAUCCCUGGCUGACCUCCCCGCUGUCCAGCGCCACGCCCGUCCAGUGCAUCCCAGGCUUCAUGGGUCCAGCUCAGGCCCUUCAGCCCAGCUACUCCAGCCACGGAUUCCUCAACAGCGCAUCCCACGCGCCUCACCCGCACUCUCAUCCUCAUCCCGCCACGGGUCAGGGGAUGCAGAGCAUGGCUCCCCCACCUUACCAGUGUUCAGCGCCAUACUCUGAUAAGUUCCCCCUGGAGGAUGUAGACCAGCGCAGCUCGAGCAUCGCCGCUCUGAGGAUGAAAGCCAAGGAACACAUCCAGUCUAUGGACAAGACCUGGCAACCCAUGUGACUAGCAUUUGACAGUCCAUGUCAGUGACAAUCCUGGGGAGAAGGAGGCAAGGAAAGCACCUGUCAUGCCUGCUCUCCCACAGAAUGAAAGUGAAACUGAGCUGUGAAAACUGAAAAAGAAAAAAACACAUUUUUGGUACUUUGUUUUAAUUUUUCUAAACUUUUUGUUCUCAUCUCCAAGACACAAAAGUAAAGCCACUGUGAGGUUGCAUAUUUGGUCAUCUGUUGUCCUUUCAUUUUGUUGACGUUUUGUGCCUUGGGUGCAGCAAUUACAG